AUGUCUUCGAACUCAAUCCCUGGAAGUCCAGAUAGCAUGGGAGCUCUCAUCUUGGCUUUGGCCACGUGGGGUGCUAUGAUCUUGCCUGCCUACUCUCAAUUCAACAUGUGGCCGUCGGUAGACUCUAUCCGACUGGCAUCCGCUAUGGAUUUCUCGGUGGAUUGUUUGAAUGCAAUGAACACUACCGUGACUUGCGAACCCGAUCUCUUCCGCAUGGCUGGCCAAGUCGAUCUUUACUAUUGGGUGCAAGAUAACAUCACUGAUCUCUGUACGCCGUCUUGUAUUCAAUCAAGCAGUGAUUGGCUGGAAGGUAUAUACAACACUUGUGACGGUCAAACUAUCACGAUUGACAGCAAGAUGGUGCCGGUCGCAUCUGUGGCCAUUCGUUACUCUGAUGGCGUUGGCCUCACUUGUCUUACAGAUGUUCUUACGUUGUCUUACAACCAAACUUCGGGAUCGGAUCCAAAUACAACCGCAUCGCCCAUUUCAGUGAAUGGAACAUCAACAGCUCCGGGAAACGACAAUUCCAUCCCUGGGAACGGUACUACCGUUGAGCUCAACAACUCGACAUUCAACUAUUGCUUUUUGGAGGCUCAGAACUGGGUGGGCAUUGAUAUUACAGCACCUGAUUGCACUUUGGACUCUAGCCAAACUCUCUGCACUGAUCCUGAUGCGGCGAAUCGUAUCGCAAAUCUAUACAACGAUACAGUUCUUUGCAGCAACUGCUUCCUAAGUGUCAUGUGGUGGCGCAUUAACUCUCCAUUUCUACCGGACACUGACGAAUCCGACUAUCUUAUUGAGCAAUACCAAGAUAUUACUGAUGUUUGCAAUGUCACGAUGCCACCAUCGCUCAUUCGCGCUCUUCCUUCCUAUCCCGCUGCCCCGAGCCCACCCUACCUUACCCCAGGUACGGAUCCAAACGCUAACUUGACAGCCUCAAUUAGUGGGACUUGCGGUGGUCAGACCAUCUCAAGAAGUAACAGCAAACGUGACGGCAUGGAGGUAGCCGAGCGCGACUCUGAGCUUCUUGAACUUGAGAACGACUACAGUGGUUAUGCAAGAGUCAAACGUGCUUCUGCCGGGUCUUGCGAUUCCCUUUCACAGUCUUAUGGUGUGACUACCGGUGAUCUCCAGUCAAUAACUGGUAACGACGACUGUUCUUUCAGUGCAUCAUCAAUUUGCGUACCACUCAAGUGCGAGGUCGCACAAGUCGGCAAUGACCAGUCCUGUGCUUCCAUUGCAAGCUCGUUGUCUACCAGCAGCAUCAACGUCACGAUUACUCUCUUCCUCCAAUGGAACCCUAAUAUAAUUGGACUCUGCGACAAUUUGACGACAGACCAAUAUAUUUGCAGCGGACCACUAGGAGGCGGAUAUACUUUGCCGGCGCCAAUUAGUGGUAUUAAUAGCAAUGCCGGCGCACAGCAACGAGGAGGCCAAGGAAGUGGUACCAAUCCCAAUGGUCCUGAUGGUCCUGAUGGUCCCACACCCAACAGCACGACGAGUGCCCCGACACAACUAGGCAUUGCAAAAAAUUGCAAUGCAUAUGCUUACGCCGACACCAAUAGCACCUGCUAUGACAUGUCACAAAGCUUCCGUAUCACGCUUGCACAAUUGACGACCUGGAAUCCGGUCCUCGGAUACCCCGAUGGGCACAAUUGCACCACACAAUUCUGGGCUGGCUACGACUACUGUGUCGGCUUACCAGGGAACUCAAUCAGCUCUUCUAGUACCAGCACUAAGUCAUCUUUGACUAUCUCGAGCCUUCCAUAUCCCACCAAGAGCGAUAUAACUCCUGCUUGUGACAAAUAUGCCGAGGCCAAGACUGGCGACUACUGCUACAUUUUUGCGCAGAAUAACAACAUAACCACCGAUGAGCUAUAUAGCUGGAAUGGUAUCCUCGGAUCAAACGGCACUAGUUGCUCCACGGAAUUCCAAGCAGGAUACGAUUACUGUGUCGGCGUGUCUACAAAGUCCGCAACGAUAAUAAGCGCGCCAGUCCCCACGUCUUCCACCACUACAUCCUCAGUGUUACCUAACCAAAGCGGGUUGGCAAGCAACUGUAAUAAGAUCGUCGCAGCGCAGAAAGGAGACACGUGUUAUUCCUUCGCCCAGAACAACGACAUCACGACGACGCAAUUGUACACAUGGAACCCUGUUUUGGGGACUAAUGGCGCAAAUUGCAGCUCGGAUUUCUGGACCGGGGAAGGAUACUGCGUGGGGGUCAGCUGA